CUUUUCCAGAACUACAUUGCCAAUAUGGGGGCCAAAAGCUCAUGCCCAGUAUUGGGUCACGAAGCUUAGCCGCUGCUCCUAACAACGCCAACUUGAACAACUCCAGUGCGUCUCCGGCAAACAGAAAGGCCAACAUCCACACAUCUCGGGACUCAGGUGUCGACCUCUCCGCAGAUCAACAAUCGGGAUAUCGAGGGGACAUCAACCCAAUAGGAAAUCAGCAGUCACCCUCACCAUCGCCCUCCCCAUCGCCAUCUCCCUAUCGAUCGUGCAGUAACCCCGCCAGAUGUGAAAUUUCGCCAGAAAUGUCCAACACUCUCCAACGCUUCGCCAUUCCGCAUAACUGCUGCUAUGCGGAAACCAAGGAGCAACUUGUUGAAGUGGUACGUCCCCACCAGAGCCACAUCAUCACACGAAGAGAGAAACUAAUACGUGCGUACUUGCAGGUUGUGAACAAGGUGAUGGAAAAUGCGGCUCCAAAGAUUGUCGCGCUGAUUCGGAAGGAGAUGCAAAACCAGGAAUCGGACCUGGAGAUGGAUAUGGAAGGUGAUGAAGAGAGUGACAUUGGGGAGGAGGUGGAAUCAGAUAAGGUAUGGAGCUUGAUGAGAUUUAAUGUUUGGGGAUGUGAUGCUAGUGCUGGGUGCACAUGGGCUUGGUCAGUUGGUCAUAGAACUUUGUGUGCAUCGUGUACGUUUGUUUUUAAUUGUCCCUUGAUGUUGAACGGGUUUGCCACCAUAAUGAGUUGAGUACCUAAGUAAGAACGAGAGUGCG